AUGUCACUUUCAAAGAAUAAAAUUGUGAAGGGCCACUCUAUGGGCCAUAUCUCUAAAUCUGUAUCUGCUAAGGGCUUUCCUUUGGUAGGAUUUUGUCCAACUUCUGGAGAUGUUAUGGGGAUGGAUAAGUGCAAAAUUCCUAACGUUAACCCCCUUAAUCAAGGAGACCUGAGCCAAGUGGUUUCUAAAAAUGCAGUAGAAUUGCAGCAACAGCUACUUGAUGUGGAUGAGUUUAAGGUGGACGUUCAAGAGAGAGGUGGGGUGUUGAUGGAUCCACUGGAUCUCACAUCCAAUGUGUGGAACCUAUGUGACAACACUGAUUUGGCACAUUCUAUUUAUAUUCCUGUGGAUUGGCUUGAAACUGAUCAAGCCCACAUCUUCAAAGCUAACUUACCUGGUUUGAAAAAAGAGGAUGUGAAAGUUCAAGUGGAAGACGAAUGUGUUAUGCACAUAAAUGGAGAGUGUAAGAAGGAUGAGGUGAACAACAAUGACAAGUGGCAUCGUUUGGAGAGACCACAUGGCCCUUUCUCUCGUCGCUUCCGCCUGCCAGGGAAUGCCAUGUUGGAUCAAGUGAAGGCCAACAUGACAAAUGGAGUGCUGACUGUGACAAUUCCAAAGGCAGCUGAGAGUAAGCCUAAGGUCAUGCCAAUCAAUAUAUCUGAAAAUUAA